AUGUUUGGGAUUCAGGAGAAUAUUCCGCGCGGGGGGACGACCAUGAAGGAGGAGCCGCUGGGCAGCGGCAUGAACCCGGUGCGCUCGUGGAUGCACACGGCGGGGGUGGUGGACGCCAACACGGCCGCGCAGAGCGGCGUGGGGCUGGCGCGGGCGCACUUCGAGAAGCAGCCGCCCUCCAACCUCCGGAAGUCCAAUUUCUUCCACUUCGUGCUGGCGCUCUACGACAGGCAGGGGCAGCCGGUGGAGAUCGAAAGGACCGCUUUUGUGGACUUCGUGGAGAAAGAGAAAGAGCCCAACAACGAGAAAACCAACAACGGCAUCCACUAUAAACUGCAGUUGCUGUACAGCAACGGAGUCAGAACGGAGCAGGACCUGUAUGUGCGCCUCAUAGAUUCAAUGACCAAACAGGCCAUCGUGUACGAGGGCCAGGACAAGAACCCGGAGAUGUGUCGCGUGCUGCUGACCCACGAGAUCAUGUGCAGCCGGUGCUGUGACAAGAAAAGUUGUGGCAACAGAAACGAAACGCCCUCAGACCCUGUAAUCAUUGACAGAUUCUUUCUAAAGUUUUUCCUCAAGUGCAAUCAGAACUGUUUGAAGAAUGCAGGCAACCCUCGAGAUAUGCGGAGAUUCCAGGUUGUUGUGUCGACAACAGUCAACGUGGACGGCCACGUGCUGGCCGUGUCUGACAACAUGUUUGUGCACAACAACUCCAAACACGGGCGGCGGGCCCGCCGUCUAGACCCGUCAGAAGCCACUCCGUGCAUCAAGGCCAUCAGCCCCAGUGAAGGCUGGACCACGGGGGGAGCCACCGUGAUCAUAAUCGGAGACAAUUUCUUCGACGGCCUGCAAGUCGUGUUCGGAACCAUGUUGGUGUGGAGCGAGCUCAUCACCCCCCAUGCCAUCCGCGUGCAGACCCCACCGCGGCACAUUCCUGGAGUCGUUGAAGUGACCCUGUCCUACAAAUCCAAGCAGUUCUGUAAAGGUGCUCCUGGGCGGUUUGUCUACACCGCCCUUAAUGAACCAACCAUAGAUUACGGCUUUCAGAGGUUGCAGAAAGUGAUCCCGAGACAUCCGGGUGAUCCCGAAAGGUUACCCAAGGUUAGUAAAAGAUCACGUGGCGCCCUGCGUGCAGUGGGUCCGCCACCGGGCCGGUUCCGGUUUGGGGGCAGCAGGGGGGCUUCCAGACGCCCCGAGCCCCGCGGCCACGGCGAGGCCGACAGGACCAUACCGCACCUCACGGCUUCGUCGGCUCGUGUCGGUGUCACAGGUGACCAGGUGCCCGCGAGGCCCUUGCCGGUGAGCGGCUAG